AUGGCACCUCCCAGCAUCUCCAAAGAUCGCGUACAUGCUGGCACCAACCAUGUCCCCGUCACGUCAGUUUUGGCUGAUGGAGAUGUUCCAUACACUGAUCAUGAUAUGGACGAGGAUGAGCGGGUCAUUGUGGCCUUGGGUUACAAGCAAGAAUUCAAGCGUGAAUUCUCGCUAUGGACAACCUUCUGUGUCAGCUUUGCAGUCCUGGGCUUGUUGCCCUCUUUUGCCAGUACCCUUUACUAUGGCAUGGGUUACGCUGGCACCGCGGGUAUGGUCUGGGGGUGGAUCAUUGCAAUGAUCUUCAUUCAAUGUAUAGCGAUGUCGAUGGCGGAGCUAUGUUCAGCUAUGCCCACCAGGUAUGUGGUGAUUACGGUUCCUGUGCAGGCCGACCCAUUCACGUUCCAACCCCCCAAGCGAGUGCUGAUCAUGAAUCUGAUUUUGACCACUAGUGGCGGUCUCUAUUACGCUGCAGCUGUUCUCGCACCCCCCGGAUACGGGCCUCUCGCAGCCUGGAUAACCGGAUGGUCCAACUGGAUUGGGCAGAUUACCGCGGCACCAUCGGUCAACUAUGCUUUAUCUGCAAUGAUCUUGGCUGCAGUGUCCAUCACGAGUCCGGACUACGUCCCCACCGAUUGGCAUACAUUCUUGUUGACCACUCUGAUUAUGAUCAUGCACGCAGCGAUCAGCAGUAUGCCCACAAAGCAAGUUGCGCAAUUCAAUUCGUACGGGUCAAGCUUCAACAUCAUCGCGCUCAUUGUCACUUUGAUCGUCAUCCCCGCUGCGGUCAAGAACGAGCCCAAGUUCAACUCCUCACACGAUGUAUGGGGGACCAUCUCCAAUCAGACUGACUUUCCAGACGGGGUGGCUGUGCUCAUGACCUUUGUUGGUGUCAUAUGGACGAUGUCCGGCUAUGACUCGCCAUUCCACUUGAGCGAAGAGUGCUCCAACGCCAACAUUGCCUCGCCACGCGCCAUCGUCUUGACCUCUGGCGUCGGUGGACUGAUGGGCUGGUUUCUUCAGUUAGUGGUCGCCUACACGGUGGUCGAUAUCAAUGCCGUUCUGGGCUCGGAACUCGGUCAACCAUGGGCUUCAUAUCUGCUGCAAGUGCUCCCUCAACGCGCGGCUCUUGGGAUCCUCGGAUUGACCAUUGUCUGCGGAUUCUCCAUGGGCCAGGGAUGUAUGGUUGCUGCGUCCCGUGUAACUUACGCCUACGCCCGAGAUGACUGUUUCCCACUUUCCCGGUUCUGGAAGCAAGUCAAUCCUCGCACCCAGACACCCGUCAAUGCAGUGAUCCUCAACGCCGCUUUGGGAAUCCUGAUGUGUCUCCUUAUUCUUGCAGGCAGUGUAGCCAUCGGAGCCCUCUUCUCCAUCGGUGCCAUUGCCCAAUUUGUUGCCUUUGCCAUUCCCAUCUUCAUCCGCGUGUUCUGCGUGGGUCACCGUUUCCGUAAGGGACCAUGGCAUCUGGGUCCGUUUGGUCCGUACAUUGGGGCAGUGGGUGUGGUUUUCGUCGCUCUGAUGGUACCCAUUUUGUGUUUACCUAGUGUGACAAAGGGAGACUUGACGCCGAGCACGAUGAACUGGACAUGUCUGGUGUACGGGGCGCCUAUGUUGGCGGUUUUGGUUUGGUGGUUUGUCGAUGCUCGGAACUGGUUCACAGGGCCUAAGGUGAAUGUCGAACAUUCCAUCCACGCAGUUCUGAGUGAAGGUGUUGAGCCUGAGGGGCAGGCUGAGGCAGAUGAUCUAUCAUCUUCAGCGAAACAUGCUGGUGAUAAGUUAUAG